UACAGGAAGCCGAAUAACGAGGACACAGUGAGGCGCAGGAAUUGGCAAAGAGCAACGAGUCCUAACAUUGCUCUUUACAACCGCCACAACUCCCUCUGAUACAGGAGGAACAAGCAGUCAGCUACCUGUGCAUGAAGACCAGUCAGAGGCAGCUAUGUCUUCAGCGGUGGAUCUCAAGACCAAGGAGGAGAAGGAUGCAGAGCUGGACAGACGAAUCGAAGCUCUGAGGAAGAAAAACGAAGCUCUGGUCAAGAGGUACCAGGAAAUAGAGGAAGACAAGAAGAAGGCAGAGCAGGAGGGCAUCGCCGUGACAACGCCUCGGAAACCCCGCCCGCAUGAGCCGGAGACGGACAGGAGGAAGACAGAGAAAGAAAACUUCACCGUCACAGUCGAUGUUUCUAAGCCGAUGGGGGACAAGAGAGUGGUGAACGACUGGAAACCCGGGACGCCUCGUGGCCGGAAGACAUCUGAGGAGAGCGACGGCCACCGAGGAGGGCCGAACGACAGCCACAGCCCUCCCAGGAGGACGGGGUCGGGACGAAUGGGUCGGGGAGGUCAGAGAGGUGGAGGCCGCCAGGAGAGGAGAGAAUGGGAACCUAGGACACCCAGAGAUGGAGAACAUGGGGAGUCAGGAGGACCAGGGCGCAGAGGAGGAAGGAGAGGAAGGGGAAGAGGAGGAGGAGGAGGAGGAGGAGGUGGAGGAGGUGGAGGAGGUGGAGGAGAUGGAGGAGAUGGAGGGACACCGGUUGGAACACCAGGUGGCAUGGACAGGAAAUCCAAAGAAUGGGAGGAGAAGAGACGACAGAACAUUGAGAAAAUGAAUGAAGAGAUGGAGAGAAUAGCGGAGUAUGAAAGAGGACAGCGGCCGGAUGGAGACAAGCCAAUCCGUAACUUCCUGGAUGAUCCAAGACGUUCAGGCCCAGCACCAGACACGGACCGCAAGGAGGGGAGCAGGAGACAUGUACGAAACUGGGGAGGGCUGGACUUUGACAAUGUAAAGACAGGAGCUGAACUGGAGAAAGAGUGGACUAGCCGGAGGCCAGGUCCGAAAGGCUCUGUGGACAUGACCAUGUCCAUGACAGGCCGGGAGAGAGCAGAAUACCUGCGCUGGAAGAAGGAGCGUGAGCAGAUUGAUGAGGAGAGACUGGCACGCCAUCGAAACGCCACAGGCCAGUGGAGACGAGAGUGGGACGCACAGAAGACAGACAACAUGUUCAAGGAGGACCCAUAUGUAGCCUCAGAGGGCAUUGCACCCGAGCAUGGCAGCAGGAAAGAUGACAGUAAGCGGCCUCCUAAAGCUCCGACAUUUGGUGACUUCCUGUCCCAGGGCAGGACCCCGGGACAACGAGGGGACCGAGGUAGAGGGAAGGGCCGAGGACAGAAACAGAGCUACAGCAUGCAUGACAACCGCUGGGAAGGAGAGAAAGAAGAGGAGGACAAGACAAAGAGAGAGGAGAAGACUAAAAAGAAAGAGGAAGAAGAAAAACCCAAACCUCCCACAGUUAAGGUGGAGGCGAAGAAUGCAGAUGAUGAAGAUGAUGACGAAGAAUGGGAGGAUGCCAGUGAUGGAGAAGAUGUUGAAGGCAGCGACUCAGAAAAGGACUCAAGGGGCGAUGAGAAGAAAGACACUGGGAAAGAGAAACCAGCCAAGAGCAAAGACAGCUCCCCUACAUCUCCCACGCCUCGUUCACGACCGGUGUCAGCAGGAAGCCCCAGAGAGCAGCGGACUCCCAGACCGAGGGUCCACAUUCCGCCGCCAGCAGCAGUUCAGGACCCAUCGGAGGGAGGCAAGCCCCUCAGCCCCUUCUCCCCGCUGGAAAGCCACCAGCCUGUAUCGGACUGGGGGGAGGAGAUGGAGCUACAGUCACCCCGGAGCAGCAUGGGAGGUGAGAGCCCACUGAAACCCCCUAGUGUGGAGGCCAGCCCGCCCCAGAAGAAGGAGAAGGAGCUGGAGGAGGAGACGAAGAGUCAAGCUGCCAGCUCAAAUGAACCUGCUGAGCCACAGAAAGAGGAGGACACAGCCAUACACGUUUCCACUUCUUCAGAAAACACUGAAGCCCAGCAGACUGUGAUAGUAUCAGAACCAGAGUCCGUCCCAGCAGACUUCUCCACCGCACCGCCAUCUGACCCUGCCCCACUUGAGAGUUCUGAGGUCAGUGAGGUUGCCAUGACGAUCGACCAGGAUACACCUGCUGCUCCAUCACAAGCAGACAAACUGGACACUGCUCCCUCUUCAGCCAUCCCAGAGGCCGACCAGAGCUCCUCUGAAUCAGCUGGAGAGGAAGAUGACGACACAGUACCCACUGAGGCCGACGCGGCUCCAACAGCAGAGACAGAGGAGCCCCCAGAGCAAACAUCUUCUGAUCAGGCGUCUUCAGGCUGAAGCUGCUGGGAACAAACACACACUUCUGAGGAGGAUGGACAGAUGAGAUGGACAAAGAGCAUCACACUACUCAUCCCUGGAGUAACCGCCACACAUUGAAAUAGAAAAAAGAAGAAACCAUCACGAGGAGGAGGAGGGACUGUGCAUCGCCGCCAUGAACCGGCCUCUCUCUUGCUGUUUGUUUUAAAUCGGUGGGUCUGACCACCUCUGGGCCGCCGCCAUGUUUGUCUCACUCUGUUAAGUAUGAAGAGUCAAAUCCCCGUCACUCACUGGUUUUCAAAAUGUUAUGUUGUCUUGAAGUUUUCUACGCUGGAAAAAAAAAUGAACUGAGCAUGAGCUGACUUUGUACAAAAGUCCACAUGUAGAGGUUUUAUCGCAGAAGAUCAUUAUAGAAAAAAUCCCUUUUACACCCAGAACUUCAGUAACGAGCAAAGUUUUUGCUCUUUUAGAUUUUUGAGUUUAUGAAUUGAGCCUGUCGAGCCCUGAAUGAGCUGACCCAUCAGUGAGCUAUAAGAGGUGUUUUAGGUGAUAACAAUAACUUAGUUUACAGCACUGACUGUUGUGGGCUGAUCCAGUUUAUUUUAUUUUUUUGCCUGUUGAUAGCACCCCUGAGCCGAGCAGAGCCGGGCCAGUCCACAGUGAAUAAGGCUGUGCAACGCCAAGCCCUAACUGAUCUGAUAUCAGUUUAUAAAAAGCUCUCAGAUGACCAGUUUGGAGGUUCACAUCUUUUUUAAACAUGCGGCUCGGCUGUCUCAGGAUCAGAACAGAUGUGGAUCAUCAUGUGUUGGUUUCAUCUGGAAAAUAAUCACUUCAUCAAUGAUCACAUUAGUUCAACCUCUCAACAAUGCCAGCUUGUUGGCUAGUGCAUGUGGUGACCUUCCGUCUCGUAAACACACAAAUAUGGACUAAAUGAACACAGUGUAUGGACAGAAGGCUUCACUGUCUCUUUAUCUAACGUUGAGCAUAAAUGAGCCGUCACAACAGCAGUCACUUCUGGGUGGACUAAAGGCAAUUAAUUUGAAUUGUACAGACAUGAAAUCAGCAAACUUGUUUUUUAAAGUUAUAUAGUUAAACAUGGUGGUCCAACUUAUCUGACAUUUAUAUACUGAGUUGUUGCUUUGCUGGUGUCUCCUAGAAACCAAAUCUGCCAUUACCAAACAGCAGACAUGCCCGAAGCUGCCACAAUUUGUAUGUUUUCGGUUCACGUCACGAUGACAGGACUAUCACAAGUCAUGCACCAAGUAGGAAUUAUGUAGGCGGAACCAAUGUGUUUUCAUGAACAGACAGUAAACAAGCAAACCAAUGAAGAAAGGAGCGUACAGUUGAUAUAUUAUGUAUGAUAUAAAUGAUUUGAUGCUUAUAAAUGAUAAAAUAUGCACACACACACGCACACACACGUACACACAGCAGACAGAGACAGAGCUUUACAUGUGAUUUCAAAAGAGCAGAUGAGCAGAAUCGCUCACUGACCAGCGCAGAGAAAUGUGCUUAUGAUUUGAACGGCCAGUUGACUGCUUGCAGAACAGUUGACAUAACAGGAUGCCUCUGCGUCCAGUGUGAACAUGGCAUAAAAGUCUGAGCAUUGCAGUCUUAUCUUAGUGAAGAAAACCAUUCUAAACAUCUUAUUGAUUAAUGCAUUUACCUAUCAAUUUGUGUAAUCAACCGCUCAACCAACACACUAUUUGCCGACCAGUCUCAUAUUUCAUCUCCUCUGACUUACAUUUUAGUCUGUUUUUAAUCAACAGUCAACAGAUGUCAUCACAGUUAGUGCUGAAUGACAUUAGAUCCGUCUCAUUUUAGCUGCGGAAGAAAGUAUCAAUAACUGACAUAUUUAGUCAUAGUUUUCAUUACCGAAAUUAACACUGUCCUCAACACCUGUGAACAGACUUUAAUAAAGCUCCAGUGUGUAGGAUUUAGGGGGAAGUAUGUCUUCUUCAGUGUAUGGUUACCUGAAAGUAACAAUCCUGUUUUUGUUACCUUAGAAUGAGCCGUUUAUAUCUACAUAAGGGAGCAGGUCCUCGUCUGUGGAGAUCGCCAUGUUGCACCGCCAUGUUUCUACAGUAGCCCAGAAUGGACUAACCGAACACCAGGCCAUUUCACACAGAUCGCACUAUAGAGCUGCUACGAAGUCCCUUCUUUAUGUGACAUUUGCAUUUUUACACAGAACGGUGACAUCAUGCCGCUCUAGUGUGUGAUUGUAGACAGCAAGCCAGCAUCACGGAAGCAAAAGUGGCACGAGGCGUGACUUGUAACACAACAGCGUUGGCCUCUAGUGUGACUUUAUAAACAAUAACAAUGGCAUAACAUGCCAAUAACAAUCAUUUACUGUCCCUGUUAUCUGGCAGAUGACCUCGUCCUCUGCUCAGGGGUAAGGAGCUCCCAGACUUCAUUAUUUUCCCAAUUUUCAGACAUUUUCGGUCAUUGCUCUUUUUUUUUUUUUUCUUUUUUUUUUUGAGUACGCUGUUAACUGCUAUCAGCUACUUCUUAAAUCUCCCACAGUGGGUCGCAUGCAUAACAUGACGUCCAAACAUCACACCCGUCCUGCCCAUGAUCCCAUCCUGCUGCCUGUUGUGUUUAAACAGACAUUUUUUCGGCGUUGUUACUAUCUCUGUGUCCCAUUCCGCAAUCAUACCUUUUACACAGGAAUAUGUGGAAUAACUCUGUGAAGUACCCACUUUACAGAGGCAGUGUAAAAGGGGCUGCUGGCUCUAGAAAGGAUCAUGGGUGUUAGAAGCCCAUCUGCGAGGAGCAGCGUCAGAAUUUGUCAAUUUGUUUUGGAGAGGAAGAGACCUCUGUGAUAAUUCGUCUCCCAGUAAAAACCUCCUGAACAAUCAACACAUAAGAAAUUCUAAUAAGGAGAAGUUUCAGCUGGUUGCAAUCUGCAGUCCUCACUGCUAGAUUCCACUUAAUCCCCCUAAAUCUUACACAUUGAGCCUUAAAUUAAUAUAAAGUAGCCAGUUUUUGCAUGUUGGCUGAUUAGCUAGCUUACAAGCUCCAGUGUUAGAGACUCAAACAAGACUGUUAGUGUGAGUUGCAUUUGGAAACAAAGCUACAUGUUCAGACUUCAUGUUAACCUCCACCCUCUAAACACUCACACUGUGAACUCUAUCACUUUUAUGCAAACAUUGUCUGCACAGUCUUUUCCAGAGUUGCUCUCUUUGUUUUGUUGCAACUUUAAAGCUUCUGCUGUGAGUGAUUGUGGUGUCCAAUUUAUGCCUGUUCACCAUCUCCAUAAUAUCCAUUAGUGUUCAUCAUGUAGAGAUGGGUCUCCACCCCCCAGCCUGCUCUGCUCUUUGGGUUUAUUUUGUGGUUUUUAAUGACUUAGCUUGUAUAUGUACAGUACUUUUUUUUUCAUCAGACCCACUGACUACACACCGAAGAUCUCUCAGAAUAAGAACCUUCAGCCCAACAUGUUUACAUGAGCUUCACUGCAUGUAGAUGAUGAUGUAUUAAGUGUGAUUUAUUAUAUGCUUUUCAUCAGAGCCGGCUGUGCAAGCCUGCUGUUAUGCAGUUAUCAGACAUUCAGUUCUUCGGCUGAUGCUCUCCCCAGAUAGACUUCUAGGAUCAGGUGUGUUGCUUGAGGGCACUUUGAAAGUAAACACCAUGUGACCUCCUCCUCCUCCUCUAAAAUCUAUCAAAAUACCAAUGAUGUACUCAGAGGCGGCGGUCCGUUUGCUGUUUUUAAUUAUGUCAUUCUGUGUCACAAUCAGACAACAUUUGAUAUUCCCACUGAUGCAGACUUUGCUGUCAUUUUGUGAAUCAUCAGUUGGACAGAGAAAUCUGUUCAUAUCCGUCUGGUAAGAGUUCCCCCCUCUCUCCUUAGAGGACACACUGCCUCUUUAAUUGUUUUUAAAAAUCCAAUAUGGCUUCAUGGUUUGAAAAAAACAACCUGUGUUAUUGGCUUUACAUUAAAUAUAUAUUUUUAAACAGCCAUGUAUCUUAUUUGGAAAUACAGACUUGUGUUGAAUUACAGCGCAGUAAUGUGAAUGACUUCUUGAGUAAAGACCAGUUAACUCUGGAAAUGAAAGUCUUCACUCAUACCUCAGCAGAUCAAGGGCUUUUAGUUUGCUUUGUUUUGAGUUUGUGCUUUGUUUUCUGCAAAGUCUUUAAAUCAUGCCUGUGGUCGCCUGUGGCGUUUGAGGACACUGGGAUAAAUGGGUUGCUUUAAUCUUUUUGUGUUCUGUAUCAGAGGAAUAAAAAUGAUGCAUUUGGAUUGAAAGGAACUGCAAUAUGUACAGUUUUUAAAUGGAAAUGAACAUUCCACAGUUGGGUGUUUGUGCAACAUGUAGCCUGUGAGCGAUGAAAACAUGUUUUUUUUUUUGUGUGUGUUUUUUGAUUGCGUGUAGAUGUUUGUUUUUCUGAGCUUCGAUGACUGAUUGUAACUAAGGCAGGAGAUGCUUCAAUGUAUAUCCAUUUCUACAAUGUCUUCCUGUUUGAUACAUGAAACCGCUCUGAGAACUAACAAGGUUUGGUCUUUUUCAACUCGUUCUCAUCCCAACUCAUCAAAUACUGCCGCCCUGUCAGUGGACCUAAACAUCGGAAUAUGGCGUGCUAGGUACCCUACUGCGUUUGUUUUGAAUGUUCAUAGAGGACGUCUCAAUUGACGUUUGUUACAUGCAUCGUCUCUUUUUAAAAUAAACUUCAGUUUUCAUGGGAAGUGUACAGCUCGUCACAGGCAUAUAGUCUUCGUCAGAAUAAACUUACAGCGUAGGUAAAACAUUUUGAUUUUAGGUUUAUUUCCUAAAGGCCCAGAUACACCAAACCAACAUCAAAGACCCAGCAGUGUUGAAAGCUGACUGUUGUGUCGCCUCACAUCGCCUGUGUCUCAUCAAAAGUUGCCAACCAGCACAUAAGUUCUGCACCUGCAUUAGAGGAGAUAACUUACCAAGCAGGCGUCGGUAGCCUGUAUUCAACACAAUCCAGUGUCAAAUGAGCAGAGCAUAAUUACCGUGCACCAGUAAAAUAUAACACAAACCACAACGAAAUGUUUGUGCUGAAGAGCUCAAUGGCUAAAGAAAAAUAAUCUCACAUUAUGUAACAAGUUUUGUUUUGGUCUCACUCCCUCCCGACUUUAGUUCUUUGUUUACUUUCCUCACUUCCCGUGCACUGAGCCGAACUGCCAACAAACAGUGCAAUUUUAUUCACCGUUGGGGUCUGCCAUCUCAGACGUCGAUUCAACAUGCUGAAUCAGCAAAAAAAAAAAAAACGACGAAAAGAUGACUGACAGCUUGGUAUGUCAAAGCCUUUAUGUUUAGGCAACCAGAACACUUGGUUAGUUUUAGAAAAAAAACACGUCAUGGUUUGGCCUAAAAUAAGUGUGUGUCUUACUAACGUGAUGGCACCCGAUGUGACAUAUAUCACCCGUGUAGUGUGCUACACAUAUUAUCACACUACCUUGUCAUCAAAAUAACUCCACUGACUUGUGGUUUCACACAGGAAACAAACAGUGGACUCCCGGAUGAAAGUCCUUUGUUUGUUUGACCCACCUCUCCUCCCGGCUACCUCAUAUGGACUUUCUCUUUGUUCAUAUUGCGGUACUAACUGGCAGCGUCAGAAAUAGCUGCCCCGGUAUCAUACCGCUGCAAAAGGUGCCUAUGUGUGUCGAUAUCUGACGCAGAGAUCACUGACAAAAUGGCGGUAUUUGACAAGUUGGGAGAGAGAACAGGCUGUGUUUUUGGAGUGGAAGUGUGCAGCUGUUUUCAUUAAGAUUAUCAGGACUAGCAUGAAUCCAAAAUUGUAGCUUUUUAAUGUUGUCAAAGCCAUCAAUGAAAUACGUGUUCCCCAUCAGCUCACAGGGAAAAACAGCCCUGAUGUUUGUAAAGCACACUGUUGCUUUAUCAGUUUCUUGUUUCUCUCAUUUAGCCAAUAAAUGUUUUUCUC